CUUUUUGUGUCGCGCACUCUUCCUUUUUUCGCUCGCACUGUCUAUCGCAGCCUGCGCGUUUUACCCGUUUGCCAUCGAGGUAGGACAGUUUUGUCCCAACCGAAGCGCCCGUGUGCGUGCGUCAAAACUCGUGAUCGAAUGAAUUGCCAACGCAAUUGCUCGGCCAACAAAAUUCCAACCUUCCAGCCCGUUUCCGGCGGUGUUGAUUAUCCGAGAGAGCAGCUCAUUCGAUGUACGUUUCGGCGUGGUGCUAAACUGGUGGCCAAUACGAUUACGCUACGGGCAAGCGAGUGAAAGAAAGGCCGUGGCCGUGUAAUAAUAAGAAGAAGAAAACCCCCCCCGAAAAGAAAAAGGAAGCAGGAAAAAAUUGUUCGUGUGUUUGGGGCGUUAAUGUAAAGUUAUUGCGGUUGUGUUUGAAGUGUGAUAAAUGAAGUAGUUGUGCAAACGAUGCAAGCGAGAUAGCGAAUUAGGCAGUUUGGGGCGCGCGCGUGUACGAGAGAAGAGAGAGGGUGAGAGAAAGAAAGAGAGAGAAGAAGAAAAUGGCAAGGGCGAGUGAUUAAGAGUGCGUGUGUGCAUAAGAGAGAGAGAGAGAGAGAGAGCGAGAAAGCAAGAGAUAGAGAGAUAGCAGAGCGCGGCAAGCGGAACGGAGUAGGAAGUGAAGGAAAAAGAAGAGGCGGUAAAAGAUUCGGUUGGUGAUCGCGGCUCGCCCCAAAAGUACGUGUUGGAAAAGUGUGCUCCCCCUCCCUCGGUGAACCCCCGUGGCCACGCAUGGUCAGGGUUGGUGCAGAGUUGCUUUGGUGAAAAUGCUGCCGAGCUACCGUGCCCAGUGGAAAAUGUCUGCGGCUACCGUGGAUUGAAGGCCUGCUGCUGCUGCCAGUGUGCCUGCACGCAGAUUUGCGUCCGCUCUGCUGCUGUAAAAUGUACCUGUGCACGCGCCUCAGUUACAGUCGGAACGGGCAUGGCCGGUGGUGAAACGGUGGUGAAAAAACAGGAAAAUAGGCAAAUUGGUGUGAAUCUUCCCCCUCUCCAAUAGCAGGUGCGUGUGUGCGUGAGCGAACGGAGCUGAAGGUGACAGUGGCUGAAACAUUGAUUAACGGGCGUCGAGGUUGACUUCGUCUAGAAAGUGGGUUCACUGUCUUGUCAGGCAGUGUAUGGAGCAAAAAGAAAAGCGAAAAAAGCGGCCUAGUGCAAGUGUGGUUCUGGCUCAGCGAGAUUCGGUCCAGUAGUGCGGCAGGAGUUGCUGCUGGCUGCUACUGGUUGGGUUCCGUGCGCUUCAAUAUCCCACGUUGCGUUCGAAACCACCGACUUGAGGGUGCGAGGAGACGAACCCGACUCGGCAGAGGGCUGGUGGGCUGCCUGCUGCUAAAGGCGUUGGUGGUGGCCGUGCUGGUCGGCAGUGCUGUGACAGCGGCAGGGGGGUGACGGGGGCGAGUCUUGGAGGAGGAAAAUUCUGAGGAAAACAACGACCCGCAGUGCGUCUGCGCGCUUCCGAAUGAGUGAAAAGCGAUGAAGUGAACUGCCCUUCAGUGCCUGCCGCACACAACACAUGCAAUAAUACGCGCGCACACACACACACGGGCACACACUCACAGCAUAGAAUCGUUCAUACCUAUACUCCCAAGCUGACACUAGCUGCCACACUGACACACUCACACACAUACACUCGCACAGACUAGCUAACGAGUGUCGGACAGCGCCUUUGCGCGAGGACGCAUCUCAGUGGUUCAAGGGAAGGGGCAGGAAGGCGGCAGGAUAUUCGAAACUCGAUUCAAUCGAUCGUUCAAUUCGAACAGUGCGUGUCGGCGAUGGCAGAGUGCUCCAGUGAAGCGGGUCGGCGCUAUCUUUCACCGCGCUACGUCGGAGGCGCUGCACGGUAGUGCGCUCGCGAGGGGCCGUGGCCGGAAAAUCCCGAGCGUUUCGAGGACCCGUGCGGACGGGUACGCGGUGGGCCCGCGGUACGCGCAGGUUGCCGCGGUGUUACUGACCGGUGCACGGACACCAGCCCGGAUCGGCCCUGGUGCAGUGGGGCGUGGAGUUUGUGUGUGCGUGUGUGGGCUUGUGCGGGGGAGGGGGGAGAAGUGCAGUUCCACGUGCGUGUGUGUCGACGGAUGAUGGAGCCGGGCGUAGCGGUCAUCCCAUCGCCUGCACUGUCGUCGUCGCUGUCGUCCGGACUGCUGUGAGCAUAUUGGGGCGGAUUGGCGUGUGUUUGCGGAACUAGGCGGAAGGAAUUAGCUAAUCACGCGGGGCGACCGCCGUCGUGCACGCCGCACGACCGUCCUCCGGCGACUACAAUUUCCGGUGGGCAGGUGCCGACGGAUGUCGCGUUUAUCGCCAGCGAGUGUCGAUGCAGCGAGGGGGCUCAAAACAGUGCCCCCUAGGUCACUCUUUUGAGGCAUGUCGUAAUGGCAAGGGAGGAGUCUCGUGGCAAGAGGCCUUUAAAAAUCUGGGACAGUUGGCGCAAUGUCCGUAAAGGUCUCGUAGUAGGUAGCUUCGAGGAGCUAAUAGUUAGAGGAAAAGAUAAAUUAGGAGUGCCAGCCUCCGAGCCCGUGCGAUUGGUGUUGGAAUGCGAUGGCACACAGGUGGAGGAUGGCGAGUAUUUCAGGACGUUAGCGAAUAAUACCGUUCUGCUUCUGCUGCGGCAAGGUGAACGUUGGUAUCCUACGGGUGUGGAUGUAAUUAAAGCUGCAAUAUCAGCAAUACCAAAGAUCGUUUGCGAAACUAUACAUGCAUUGGAGCUGCAGGAUGAAACACCCUCCUGGAAGAUUAUGGAUAACAAGGGUCGAGUCACAGUUGUGUUGCAUUGGGAUCAGCGGCAAGGCGGCGGCCAAGGGGGCGGCGGCGGAGGCGGCAGCAGUAGUAGCGGAGGCCCGGGCGGUUCCAGCAUCGGGCUAAGCAACGGUCCGACGUCGGACAAGUUUUCGCCGUCGAAGAAGAGCCUGUCGACGCAGAACUCGAUCGACAAGUCGUCCGUGUCGAGCCAGCCUCGCUUCCCCAGUCCGCAAAUUACCGUGAUCAACCACGAUGAUCCGCAGUCGCAGAUGUACCAUUCGGCCCGGCGGCUGUCCAAGCAGGGCGGCUCGUUCGACAGUGCGGUCGGGGCGGUGCACGUGCACACGCCCGAGUGUGCGCACCACGCGCACAUGCCUACGCGGGCCGGCAGCCCCGGCGCGACCGAGUGUGACUUUCACUGCUGCGCCCUGCACGAGGAGGGGCGCAAGAUUGCGGUGCACAAGAAUGUGGCCACCUCGCCCAUACAGGACGGCUCUGCCAGCCCGCAGCCGCCCCCGAGCAGCCUGUCGGACAGCCGGCGCACCUCCACGACCAAGGGGCACGUGCGCUUCCUGGACAUUGGGCCCGAGCGGGACAGCUCCGAGAGCGAAACGGAGAACACCGUGAUGGAGGACGAGACGGUGACGUCCGAAAAGUUUCUGCUGCUCAUCGACCAGCUGUCCGUCGACCAGAAGCGGCACCUCAGCAUCAAGGACAUCGGCAUCAUACUGGAGCGGCUGAGCUCGAAGAUACUCGACGUCGAGCGGUUGGAUCGCGAGAGCGAGUCCGACGAUUGCUACAACUGGACGAUCAAGGCGACGAUACGCGGGGACGCGCUGCGCGAGCUAGGUGUUAUUUACAAUGGAAACUAUUACGCAAUAUCAGAGCAUCCGGGCUACAAGGAGGAGAACGAGGAGAACGGCGAGGAUGCAGAGGAGGAGGACGAGGAUAGGUUAUAAAAUCCUCAACCUGGUUGCUUGAGCGGGGGCGGCUCGCGGUUGCAGAUAAGCCCUCUGUAAGCCACCGAAUGUUGGUCAAUGCGCCCUGUGUUGGCAGGCCGCGCACCACCUGCGGUGCCGGCGCGGUGCGCGCCAUUCCUAGUGAUUAUCUUUAUAUUUAGCCGCUAGUAGCAGCGCCACCCAUUUGCCACACCACCUGGGUCACCUCUGGCCAGGGGAACCACUCCACCCCCCCCCCACCUCCCUCCCUCCCUCCCUGCCCCCUCCCACGGAGGUAGUGCUAACUGUGCUAGGGCGGGCAAUUGUUUUGGAACGGGGUGGAAUUCAGGGAACGGAAACCCUAAUAUUAGCAUAUUAGCUAUGUUUGUGUGUAUGUGUGUGUGUGUAUGUGAGUGUGCACGUGUAUGCCGGAGAAUUUUGUACCCUUUGUUCGAGAGAGAGACCGAGUGCGCUACAGGAGGGAAGGGGAUUAUAGGCGGAAGCAGCAAUCACACGGACAGACAAACCACACCUCCUCACGCACACGUAGCAGCAAAACAAACCGAAAAGAAACACAUCCAACUACUGUGUAGCAUUUUGUACGGCGUACGAUUCAUCGUUCAGGAUCGGGCAGGCGAUCGGUUCCUCGAUCCGUAGUCGAUUAGCCAGUCAGUCGCAUAAAACGAGCUAGUUGAGAAGGGGGAGGGGGGACGGCAAACAAGUGCCAAAGGAGAAGUGACUCAUUCAUCACCCCAGUUCGGAAAGCCGGGUGAAACGAAGACACACACACACACGCUCAACAAUUGCAUCAAAUUGCUCCAGUUUAUCCACCAAGUGCAGUUCAAGCUAAAAUGCGCCAGCGAAUGACCUGACUAGGCGACAAAAAACACGAAAAAACUUGGUUAUUCUAGUUCAAAUAAAAAAAAAAAAACAAAUAAUAAUUAAACCCCCUCCCUCUCCAUAAGGAAAAACAAACACGAACGACACACACACACACAAGACAACACAAAACUGGGCUAGCGCCAGAGUGAGAACUCGUUAAUAUAAAGUAAAACUCGAAUAAAAACCUUACAAUGAUAAACAAAGCAAAACAAAAGUAAAGUAAACGACGCACUGCACGCCAUAAUAGCCAAACUAUAAGGCAUCAAACAAAAACAAACUUAAACAAACAAAAAAAAAACAUGAACAUAAUAAAAAAAACAACAACCGGCAUGAGUGUAGUAGAAAUGAGAACAAUGUUUUUAAAACGCUGCCAGUUACGAAAGUAAAUUAUAACGAACAAUAGUGACAGACAAAGAUGUCGAAUUGCAAACAAGUGGGAGAGAAAACAAAAAAUGGACGCGAAUAUCAAACACGAUAGACAUUCGUAUCGUUACAAGCAAGCAAAACAAAAAAAAAAAAGAAAAUAAAUGCCGAAGGUGGUGUUGUGAAGCAGAGCAAACGAAUAACAGAACACAUUCAAAUGUUAUAAUGAGCUGCAAUCACAAUACAAACGAAUUGGACUUAGAAAAGGUCAGGGUUGACGGAGGGACAAAAACAAAACAAAAAAAAAAAAAAUAAACCGCACAUCAUUGUAAUCAUUACCUAGAAAAGAAACUAACGAAAAAGUAUUACUAAGCUGUGGCGAUCGGAGGGGUGGUAGAGUAUAACAUAAAACGAAGCAAUUAAAUUAAAAGGAAGAAGCGAGAGAAAAACAGAACAAAAGUCAAACUUUAAAACUGGCACUGUGAAAGAGAAGAAAACUAAGACAUAAAGAAAAUCCACGAAUCAUACAAACGAAAUAUCGUAAACGGACGUCGUAUGGUCGGGUUAGCUUGUUAUUAAAAACAAACAAAAACCUACAAAAAGUAUAAAUCAUUGGAUUGGACUUGAACCGGGAGCGAUCGUGUAUCGAACACUUGUAGCUGAACGAAGACAUAAAAAAUAAAAUGAGGGUUAUAAAACCAGUGUGCGAAUGCAACAAGAGGACAAUUUCAAGCAAGUAGAGUAAACAGCCGUACUAGACUAGAUUUAUUUGUAAAGUAUAUAGGAAGUGCAAGUGGAAGCAGGAGUAACGGGAAACCAGAAUACUACUUGCACGAUGCCGUUAAAACACAUCUAAUUCGAUGAUAGAAUUUGAAUAAAUUUCAAAUAACCGCAACCCCAUACUAAGAACAGCUGGGCGUGAUUUAAUUUAAACAAAACACUUAGCAAUCGUAACCCGAUAGAGACGUGCUCGUUAGUGGCAAAAAAAAACCACUGACACACAGAAAAAGAAAACCAAAACCAAACAUGCAACCCUGAUUAGACAGGCAACGGCUGGAUCAGCUCACUAAACAGCGACACAAACACACAAAAGAUAGACACUUAAUAGUACGAAAACCUUUAAUUGCAAAAGUUUUUUGCCGAGAUAUGCAAGCGUAGAAGAGUCUCAGUUAAGCCAGAUGUUAUAAUGAGUGAAUACAGUUGAACAAACAUUGACAGCAGCAGAGGAAAAGAAACGCUACAGAGACAGAAGUGAGAAACAUAGACCGAAAAAAAAAACAAAACAAAACAAAACAAAAAGUAAUAAUAAAUAAUAACAAAACUAUAGAGCUCGGCAGCCCGCAACGCAACUACAAACGUGCCAUCAAGGACACUAUGGUAAUCUAAUUGAGUAUUUGAAGAUAAUCGUACAACAUGACACCUUUUCCCACUCCAGUUCCCAUUCCCUCCAGCAAAUUAUACGCUCCCCUAAAUCCUCAAAACAAACAAAUGUAAUGGAAAACAAAUGACGUUCUUACUUGCACCACUACCACAACACGAGAGUUUAAUCGAACAAACAAACAAAAAAACCAAGAAAAACCCCAAAUAAAACAAAGAUUUAGAAAAAAAAACAUAAAUUGCCUAUCAAACUGGGUGGCAAAACAGAUAAUGCAAAAAACACAAAAUAAAAAACAAAAAAACACACACACAACCACACACUAACCAAGAUAGGAUUCAGACCCAGCACCGGUGUAUGCGAUUAAUGGUAUAUGGUACGUUGCUGGGUACUGGAACCGCUUUGGGUAAAAUAAUAUAUAUUAUAUUAUUGGUAAAUGAGUAUUUGGAGCAGAUGUUAUCAUCGACGGGCAAGCGUUCAAUGAUGAUGCUACAAAUAAACUUGUUGAAGGAGUCGUGUGUUGAAGGGGGAGGAGAAGGGGGAGGAGAAGGAGGAGGAGUAAAAAAAUGCAAUAAUCAGUCAGACACGUCAGUCACGCGUACACUUUUUUCGGUGAAAAUACGUACACUGCGAGAGCAGCAAAUCAGUGGGAACCAGCCCCGUUUGGAGCUGGAAGUUGCCAAUCAGGACGCAGCAGAUAUUUACGUUUGCCUGUAUUUCUUGUUUGUACACUCAAUCACCCCCAAACACAUACACAUACAAACACAGUGAACACACUUAGUGAAAAUGGCAUUGUUUGGCACCGGUGCAGGAGGGAGUGGAAGCGUUUUGCGCCUCGAAUUGGCGAAACACUGUAGCGCGGUGGUUUCGGAAAAUUGGAAUCGAAAUAAAAAAAAAACAAAACGUAAAUGUAUUAGAAAGUAUGCACAUAUGCACAUAUUGCUGUGUAUACGUGUAUGUGAAAUUAUGCAUGUACAUGUGUAUAUUUGUAUGUAUGUGUGUGUGUAGAGGUGUAUGUAUGUGUGCGAUCGAGGGGGAGGGGGGAGAGAGAGAGAAGUCGGUAGAAAGGGGCGAGCUUGAAAGAGGAUUAAUACUGGACUGGGUGCAAUCUGUGGCCGUUUUGGGGCGUAAGAGUCUACCGUUUGCUACUAAAGUUCACUACAAUUGCAACUGAUCAGGCUUGAAUGCGUACAUUGGACUGCACUGCGCAACGUCUGCACCGAGCGACUUCUUUCCUCGUAGUUCUGGUAACGGUUGCUGCUGUUAAUUUGCAUGUGCGUGUAUGUUUUUAAGUAACAGUCUUCUUUUCCAUCAACUAUUAGACUCACACACACACACACACACAGACACACACAGACACACACACACACACACACACACACACAGACACACACUUACACUCAGACACAAACAGUACCUGUUUAACAAAAGUUGCAGAGCGAAGGCGCUGUGUAGCCCUUCAUUUGCAUGCUAGUCCGCUAAGGGAUGGAAUUUUACGUUUAUUCGUAACAGAAAAGAGCCCCCGUCUCCUUGACGGAUCGUGAAAAAGACUUACUUACUGUUUAAGUUAAUAGUAGUGUACCACUGCCAUUAGUUAUCAUGUAAAUCGCAUCAGGGUCGGGAAGAAUCUUUUUUUUUUAUAAAAUUAUGAUGAAAAUCUCUCUGAUGGUUGGGGUGUUUGCUGUUAUUGAGCCACCAAUAGCAUUUAUUUGGCCAAUAAUUUAUAUUAAAGGAAGUACAAACACUCCCACACGCACAUUCAUUACUUACGCAAGAGCACUGGAACAUCGUUUGUUCAACGUAAAUGCAUUAUCGCUAAAGAAGCAACUGCAGUUUAGACGCCUUAGGUCGGAUCAUUGUCAACGAGAGUGUGUGUGUUCGCUUCAAAAACCUGUUUCGUGGUUGACUGCCAGUAUUCCUAUCUUUUGUCACCUCAAUUUGCCAAAAACGCAUGUCUGCCAUAUAUCUAUCCUGUGCCAAAUGCUACAUGUGGUCUGUUGAAGGUAGAGAGACGAAGAAACUUUUGUUUUGCCUAGCUCGAGGAUGUUUAGUACGAUAAUAAGAAUAAUGGCUUUUGUUACUUUUGUAUGUACCGGCUAUCCGUUUUUAUAGUAUUAAUUUAUUCUUGAACGAUUCAUUGAAUGGUAUGGAUUGGUUUUGUUUUCAUCAGAUGCACAAGAAUGUCCGUAACAAGAGUGAGUUGAGCUUUAUCAAGAUCGUACGGCAGCACUCGAUUCGACACACCGGUUGUCUCUUUGCUGUGUAAUCAGAAUCAGGAGUGGAAGUAAUAAACAAAUAGGAACAAAUCUUGUCACAGUGUACAUGAAUGGAUACGUUACUUUGUUAAUCCAUUGUAUGUAUAAUGAGUACCCGGUUUAAAACAGUAACAAGCAAAACCAAACAAUCUUUAUCAUCGGUGUAGUCGUGUGUUGGGCUCCAAUCAAGCCGGGCGGAGAUGGCAUACCAUAAUCCGUCACUUUGGUUGCUACUGCUUCUUGCGUGAUGCAACGUGUACGCGAAACAUCUUACCAACUACCAGCCUACAGUUUGAUGGAAUUUAGUUACAAUUUUACGUAAAAAAAAACACUACGUCUCCUUCUGUACUGUGCAGCAACAACAUUCCAGACAGAAAAAUGGAAAUUUUAUACGUAUUUAUUUUUGCUUGAAAUAUGUUUAAGCCACAUCCAAAAAAGAACCAUCGUGUUCGGUUUAAAUAUUAUCGUGGCGUUGCUCAAAUUAGGAGCAAAACACGCUCGCCAAGCAACGUGACUAAUACAACAAAUCAUUGAAUACAUAAAUAGGUACUGAUUCGUAAAAAAACAUACACAAGAAGAACAUAUUAAUUUAAAAGCAGGUGGGCAAACGUCAAGUGAGAAACGGCUAAUACGUAUGAUUCCGACAAGAACGGAACGAUACAAACGAGCAACGUACCUAAGUAGGGGGAGGAAUUCAAUUGGCAAGGGAGCAGUAAACCCUGCCCAAUGAUCGCGGGAAAAUCGGAUGUGUUGUGCUAUCUUGUCCCGGUGAAAGAAGGACACCGGGAAUUACACAUCUACAACAACACGAACAUAAACACACACACACACACACACACACACACACACACACACACACACACACACACACACACACACACACACACACACACACACACACACACACACACACACACACACACACACACACACACACACAGAGAGAGAGACACAUUCGUUAAAGAAGUUGCAACUCGGCGCAGCGGUGCAACUUUCGUAGACACAGCUAGCGAGUUAAAUUAUAUAUGACACUGCCCUAAGCCCUACGGUUUGACACCACAGAAACUCCUCGUAGCGAACGCUGUGGAGGAAUGCAAUGCGCCAAGGGGGGAACGCUAACAUACGACGCCUGCAGGCCGCGUUAAAUUCAAUGCAUUAACAUAAAUAACGAAAAAAAAAAGGAAAAUGCUAAUCCCAGCGUAAAAUCACAUGCAAAGGUACAGCGGUAAACUGAAACGAACUUAAAAGCAAAAAGUAAACGGCACGUUAAAACGAUACCAACCCUACACAUACAUCAAAACCGGAACGUUAUCCUUGCGCUGGUUUGAUCUAUUGCGUCAAGCAGUCCCUAAUUGUGCAGCCUCCGAGAUACAUUACCGAAGCAUAACCGUAACACUAGUGAACAAUCGCGCCAAAGCCAAAGCGCACGAAACGAGGCGCCUCCAUUAACGGAAAAAAUACACACACACACACACACACACACACACACACACACACACACACACACACACACACACACACACUUCGCGUAAUGCAAUGCAAAGGUAAAGGAUACUAUCUAAAACCCCUACUAAUCGACUGUUCGUACCAUUCUAGAUGAGAGGGGGAAGGAUAGCAUAACCCUUCCCCAAACUGCACCGUGCAGAAGUAGUGAAACCCUGAGGGUUCAUACCGGGGAGGGGUGGAGGGGGGAUAGGGUACAGACAGGAACGGCGUUGUAGAACUUUCAUCUGCCAGCUAGAAGGAGUAAAGAGGGGAAAAAAGAACGGAACAGCGGCAAUAGAGCGGUUUAGUAAACGAGGGAAAAGAAAUAAUUGAAAUAUAGCAAACUUCUAAUAUAAACGAUAUCGUAACAUAUUUUUUUAAAUAUAUAAAAGAGAGAAAAGAAAAACGUCAAAAAAUAUAACACUGAGCGCGAUGGAAUGCCUGCGGACAGGAGUAUCGUUUCGAGAGAGCAAACAGGCGCAAAGGUGCGAAACCCGAAUCCCGGAUUGGAUCGCGGGCGUAAAACAACUGUUGGCAGAGCAAAGAGGAACAGCAUAAGUAAACGAGGAACAGCAUAAGAGCGAAAGAACGUAAACAAUCCGCCAAAGGGAUGUCACUCAAUCAUGGUGGAGGAAAGCUGUAGGGGGAAAUAAUGGUGGAACACGCAGCUAUAACUCUCGUAAUUGACAGAUACUUACCGGAAUUUAGCCGCAUGAUUUCUACUACCACACAUACUGCAUAACAGGAAAAUAAUCUACCCCUCCCCUUAAAAGCUAAGCGUGGUAUACGUUGCUAAUCAAUCCACUGAUUAUCGCAAACGGAACUCGGAAAGCGAUACACUUACACGUACCCCCGUACAACAUAGACAAAAUGAAAAAAAAAAACAACAACAACAUCACACGUACACAUACACAAACACAUACACAGACAUUGAUGAAAGUCGAAUUCAUUUAAUACCUAGAAUUAUUAAUCUAAAUAUUCACGUAUUUAAAUGGUGACUGGUCGAAGGAUCACGGCCCUUGCGGCGGGUUAAGUAGCAGAACAGUGGCAAAAGAAAAUUAUGGAAGAAAACUAAUUAAACGGGUUUUGAAUAUAAUUCAACAAAGUGAAACAAAAUAGAACGAUUAUCCAAACAAAAAAAACUAGAUCGUGCAUGGGACAAGCAUGCAACACGUCAGGAUCGUCUGCGCAAAAUGCACACGUUAGCAACAAUAGUGCGCAUACUGCGGGAGUACGCAAAUGAGUAGGCUCCAACCAUCACAUUAGUACAGACACUGUGACACAAACAAACAAAAACACACACACACUCUCACACACAAGAAUUCCCUUCGGUUUGUAAAACAAAACCAAACAAAAACCACGCGUACACAUACAGACAGACAUAGAGCAAGUCAAAUCACUGCUACAUCUACUACUAUAUAUAUACGUUAAAUCGGGUAUUAAACUAUACGCAUACAUAAAUCGGCAAACACCGAAAUCGCCCAAAGAGAAUGCAUGGCGUUUUUUUAUGUUUUUAAAACACUCACACACAGCAAGCGCAUUGAUAAAGUGACUAACUUCUAUCUUCGGGUGCACCAAAUUUAAACCCCACUGGACACUACUUACAGGACACACACACUCACACAAACACACGUACACAUACAAACAUCGAUAGGCAUUUGCAAAGAAAUAGCAACAAGACGAGUAAUAGCAGAGUAAAAUGGAAAACAACCACUUCUCCAUAGUCGCUCCUCCCCCUUACACCACCUUAACUCACCCAGCGCUAGCCUAAUGGGUGGUUUGGAGGCAAACGUAGGAAGAGAAUAAAGUAAAACGAAAAAGAAGCAAAUGAAGAAAAAGCAAACCGGUACGAUGGUAACUAAAGAGCAAGAUGACGAAGAAACCGAUUGUUUUGUGGUAGUCGAUUGGGUGUAAUCCUAGUCAAUCGAAGACGAUUCAUUGGAUCCUGCAAACCUCUCCACGACAGAAGAGUGUCAGUCGGGGGAUGGCCGCCGGGUGCGGUGGAAAGUGUUGUUACACACCGUGUGCGCACAACAAAAAAUGCUGCCGAAGGAGAUAGUACGCAAAAAAAACAA